GGCGUGUCCGCCGUUGUUGUGGUUGACGUCGACUUCCUGCUUUGCGGCGUGAAAGGUCUCAAGUCUCAACUGCAGCUUUAGAACACGAAGAGACGAUAAGCAGAGCGUUAAACAACUCUACAGGGGGCUCCGUACCGUGCAGAUGAGAGCGAAAGUAGAAUACAGUCAACGGUCUGUAAACCUUGUCACUCCAACUCGAUUCAUUGAAUCAGCUCUCACAACGGUGGAUAAAACAUGGUGCACGUAUACAAUUGCCACCCUUACGCCUCACAGCAGAUAGUACAGGUGGAGCAGGAGCCUGUGUUGGUCUGCUGUGGAGGCGGCGCCUUGUUUGUGGUCACCACUGGAGGAUGCAAGGUGGAAGCCUACAAUCUGGAGCAGGAAGGCUGCCCUCUUAUCUGUCGCUUCGCUACCAUGGGCACUGUGAGGAGCAUCGUGCACAGUGACAUCGGAGACUACCUGGUCAUCGUUGAGGAAAAGAACAGUGCCACCUACCUGAGAGCCUAUACCAACUGGCGUUACCAGGCUGAGGAAAAGGCUCGUGUUGGUGUACGCUUGUUGGGCCACCUGCUUCGAGGGGCGUCUCAACGGGGCGGAGUACAGAUGGAGAUCAUUGAGAUUCCUUUAUCGGACCAUCCUGUUGCUGUUGCGUGUUGUUCAGUUACAGGUGACCUCCUGGUCGGGUGUGACAAGACUCUGGUUCUGUUUACUUUGAGAAGACAGAACCAUCAAAACGUGCAGAACAUACAACACCCUUCAAAAACCCAGCAGAGCUCCAGUCAGAGUCCAGAGCACACUUCAAACCAAAACUGUUCCUUUAUGGACUUUGAACGCUCUGUCAUCCUGCAUCUUCAGGGAACUAACCCUAAACAGGUGGCACUCUGUGCAGGAUAUGUAGCUGUGCAAGCUGACCUGGAGGUGCUGGUCCUGAAACUGGAUGCUAAGUAUGAGCCAAAAGACCUGGAACUGGAGGAGUCAUCCGAGGCACCAAAAGAUGAUCAAGCUGAGGACCAGGCUGGCUUCCUGCUCCUUCCAAGACACCAGGAGUUGCUCGGUGAACGAGCUAAAGAUUGCGAUAUCUCUGUCAGCAUCGAGAAAACAGGCCUGGAGGAUAGAGGACAAAACACUGUCUCCUAUGUCCUGUUCAGGCGUUUUACUCCAGAUUACUUUCAGGGCUGCAGUGUGGAAGAGACACACCUUCACUCCCUGAAACUCCAACCAUUAUUUACAAGCUGCCAGUCUCGGGUUGAAGAACCAACUUGUGUGUUCUGCUUCUUCUCCCUUCCCACCACUGGCUACCUGUACAGUCUGAAAGGUGGAGUUGAGCUUCUCUCAACAUAUCAAUAUCCAGAGAAGGUCUUGGAAGCAGUGCUGACAGACUACCUGCUACAUGUCAUUACCAAGAGUGCGCUGCAGUGCUUCACAGUGCGUUGUGCAGCAGUUGCAGCCAGAUUUGAGGACCCCUACAUCGAUACUACAAUGAGGGCUUGUCCACCCUGCGGGCUUGAAGUGUGUGCCCUCAGGAUGCAGCUGUUUAUUGGCCUUCGCUCAAUGUGUGUGUACGGCCGUCACAUCAUCCUAUUCUCUACCGCUGACACUGAGACACCGGAGGAGACUGAACGCAGUGUACAGCGCAGAGGCCUCAUGUUGAAAGAACACACCAUGCUGACUGGUAUUUUCCUGGCGGUGGGAAUCGAUCCCACAACCACGGCAGCUCUGGAGAGCCUGCUAUCACGCCCCUUCCUGCUUGUUACCGAGACCAGACACCAGGGGAGCAGGAAGUGGACAACGUCUGUUCCCAAGGAGACCAGCGCUGUAGGACAUGGAUGGAACCUCUAUGUGGUUGAUACAGUCCCUCCACUCACUCUUUACCAAGAGAUGGUUGAAUAUAGCGAGCAUUAUGCACAGCACAACCAGCAUGCCCAGAGUCUUUGGCACCUUCUCAGUGAAGCUCACCUACUCCUCCGUGCGGCCUUGAUCCAGUCUUCACAACUGCAGGGCCGCAGCAAUAGUGGUCCCGCAGACAGCCAUCUUGAGAGACAGUUCGCUGUUCAGACUCACAGACCAGAGAUGGACGAGGCAUUCAGGGAGAACUGUGCACAGCUGGGAGACUGUUUCAGCAGGGGAAGCCAGAGACACUGUCAUCAGGCAUUGCCAUAUUACAGAAUGUCCGGCCUGUCAGUCAUUGAUGUCAUGGCCAGGAACCGCCCCCUUCCAAGCAGCCCACACUCCUACGGCCCAGGCUUUUUGUUUUACCUGAAGCAUUACCUUUUGGAAGAGACUGACCAGCAUCUCAGUCAGGAAGCAGCGGAUGAGGUGAUGGACAUUUUUAGCCAAUCAGAACCCUCCCAGCUCAUCAGUGUGUGCGCCAGCCCCACCAUGACAAACGUCAACCCUGCACGGACACUUCGAAUCUUGCAAAAUCUAGAGGACAGCGCGGGCGUGUCUGUUGCGCUGACAAUCACCAUGGCAACCAUGCUGCUGCGCUUGGACGAUCUGCCACAGUACUCACAGCUAAUGGAGAGACAUGCCGAGAUGCUGUUGGUGUACGGCUUCAUUGAGGAGCCAAGGCUGUUGCUGCAUGGAGGAGGUGGAGGCCAGCACAUAAACACCUGUCCCACAGCGUUAACCCAACAGAUGACAAAGUCCCAGCCUGGCUUGCUGGUGGCUGCCAUGGUGGCUCUGCAUGAGAACAACAAAGUUCAUCUUGAACAAGUGGAACAUAUGUUUCAGGUGCUGGGCUGUGAAUACAGCUUACAGGUGGAUUUCUGGGAGGCCAUGCUUAUGGCCUCAUCACACGAAGCUGUCAUUCAAGAGCUUCUGUUCAGAUUGUCUUCUGUCUACAUCAACCGACUUAUACACACAAGCACAGACAAACGUCUGCACGAACCUCCAGCACACAGGUCACUAAAGAGUGCCGAUGAUCUGAUCAAUUCCUGCUCCCAUUAUGGGCCUUUGUAUCCAUGGCUGACUGUUCUUAGUCCACCUCACAGUACCAGCUUCCAACACCAGGAGGCGUUGCACAAGAUGCAGUCGCUCCUAUGUGGACCAUCCUUGUCUGUGGGCGCAGUGACGCCGUUGUUCGAAAGUUUGUCAGACAAACCAUUAUGGGGCUUCAGCUUGCACCUUCUCUGUGCCACCAGAAGAGGGCAAUAUGACUGCGGCAUUGAAGAGCUUCUGGACCGAUGCCCCCAAGCAAUUAUAGCCUACGCCAAUCACCACUUGCAAGAUCAAUACAUGGAUUUAUGGUGGCAGAACCUGCUCCCAGAACUCUGCAAUCGGACAAGAAUUGCAACAGACAACAGCAUUCUGUUGGCUGCUCUCAAAGAGACGCUGGUUGUGGUUGCCAUGGAGACAAGUCCUACACAGUUCCUGGAGCUGAUACCUGAUGACGGCACAGCUUCGUACUUCUUACCUCACUUGUUGACCUGCAGCCAGAGACACUUAUUGGCCUAACACACACACGUUACAAUGAUAUACAAUAAACAGGGUAAUAUACAGGAAAAGCUAUUGCUUAUUAGGGGUUGAAUGACUAAAUAUUUUCUGUAAGAGACUAUAAUGUGAUGAAAGUCAUGUUGAAAUUGGUUAAUAGAUGACGUCAAUGAUAUAUUUUUAGCACAGUAAGGCCUUCCCCAACCUUUUUUGCACCACGACUGAUUUCAUGUAAAGACAUAUUUCGGCUCAGAAACAACAAAUGAUUAAAAAUACAAAUCACCAUUACGCUAAAUAUACAAUGAAGGAAAUAAUUAUUUGAUCCCUCACUGAUUUUGUAAGUUUACCCACUGACACAGUUGUUGUCCACAGAUGAUUGGACAUUAUCGAAGAUGGAGCGUCACUUUGCACCGCUGCCUUUUGUUUGUUGCCGCCAUUCCUUUGGUCCCGAUGGUAUGAAUACAGUAAUCCCUUGCUGUAUCCUGGUUCAGUGCAUCACAAAUUUGUAUUUAUUUUUAUUUAGUUAUUUUAAAAGGUCACUGUAGUGCAUCUACUCACCUGCA